AUGAUUCUCUCCCAUCUCCCAGCAUUACGGCGUUCGUUCUCGUCCUUAUCGAUCCGCCCGAUCUUAAUCAAGCAGAUCAAUCCGCCGAUGAACAGCGGCAUAGUUAAAGUUCCUAAGGGUAGGGUAUUCAUGCUAGAGAGAAUGGAAAAAUACCAUAAAAUUCUGCCUCCUGGCUUUCAUUUUCUCAUUCCAAUCAUCGACAAUAUAUCAUUUGUUCAUUGUGUUGGUGAAUAUUUAAUGUCAUUUCCUAAUCAAACUGCAAUUAUAAAGGAUUACGUAAGAGUUUCAUUUGACGCGGUCUGUAGUGUCAAGAUGAUAGAUCCCUACUUGGCUUCUUAUGCCAAUGUCACCAAUAGAUCGGUCGAUGUGUUGGCCGACAUGUUAUAUACUUUGGUUUGUCAGAAUGUACUCGAGUGUACCUUCGAUGAGGCGGUAAUGAAGAGGACCGCACUCAACAAAAAUGCAAUCACUAAAGUCAAUGAAACCGCUGGUUUCUGGGUCUACCAAUUUGUUAGAUAUGAGAUUACGCGAUUUAUAUCUCCAGAAUUUGAGGCGGACAGAGAAAUGAGUGAACAAGCUAAAAGAAGAGGAGCCAUAAAAGAUUUUGAUCAUAACGCAGAAAUAAAGCGUGUAGUUGCAAAGGCGUAA